CUGAGCGAUGGAGCAUCUGCUCAGCCCGGUCCGUGCUGCCUGGUUUUGAGCUCAAGGCCCUGCCCAGGCUCUCGCCCACUGCCCAUUUCCCUGGUGUAAAUCCUCAUCAAUGAGGUUCUUUCGUCUCACCUUCAAGUGCUUUGUGGAUUGCUUUUGAGGCUGCACCCCGCUCCCCUCCCAGACCCGGAGCCAGCUUCCCAACCCAACACCCGUCUUAGUCGUCUGCCACGGAGCCCUGCUGCCAGCCCGGUGCCAUGGCUCCGGUGCCCACCAAAGCAUGCCCAGAGGGCAGUGGGUGCUCAGAGGUGGCCAUGGCAGAUAGCGCUGAGCCCGCUGGAAGCACAGGGGAAUCCACCCUUGAGGAGCGAGCCAUCACUGCCCCUCUGGUGGUGCCCAUGGGUCCCAUGAAGCUGCCUCUUCCGGAGCGGGAGACCUGGACCCGGCAGAUGGAUUUCAUCAUGUCUUGCGUGGGCUUUGCUGUAGGGCUGGGCAACGUCUGGCGCUUUCCCUACCUCUGCUACAAAAAUGGAGGAGGUGUCUUCCUGAUUCCUUAUCUACUAAUUGUGUUUGUCGGGGGGAUCCCCGUCUUCUUCCUGGAGGUGGCGCUGGGACAGUUUAUGAAGCAAGGUGGGAUCGCUGCUUGGAACAUUGCUCCCCUCUUCAAAGGUCUGGGACUGGCCUCGAUGGUGAUCGUCUUCUUCUGCAACUCCUAUUACAUCAUGAUCCUCGUCUGGGGCCUCUUCUACCUAGUGCACUCGCUGUCAGAGACCCUGCCGUGGGCCACCUGCGGCCACUCGUGGAACAGUCCCCAGUGCACCGAGCUCUUUGGCCUGGGGAGCUGCGGCAACAGCACCGGCAACCGCACCACCAGCAACUGCAGCAGCCUGGCUGACCAGCGCUCUCCCGUCAUUGAAUUCUGGGAGAACAAGGUGCUGCGCAUUUCAGGGGAUCUGGCUGAGCCGGGGGAGCUGAGUUGGCAGCUGAUCCUCUGCCUCCUCACGACGUGGGUCAUUGUUUACUUCUGUAUCUGGAAGGGGGUCAAGUCAACAGGGAAAGUGGUGUAUUUCACAGCACUCUUCCCCUACGUGGUUCUUAUCCUGCUGCUCUUGCAUGGGGUGACGUUGCCUGGGGCAGUCGAUGGCAUCCUCUACUACCUGAAACCUGACUGGUCCAAGCUUGCUGUCGCCCAGGUAUGGAUUGAUGCUGGCACCCAGAUCUUCUUCUCAUAUGCUAUCGGGCUGGGCGCCCUGACCGCACUUGGCAGCUACAACCGCUUCCACAACAACUGCUACAGGGAUGCCUACAUCUUGGCUGUGAUCAACAGUUCGACCAGUUUCUUUGCUGGCUUUGUGGUGUUUUCAGUGCUGGGCUUCAUGGCGUCAGAGCAGGGUGUGGACAUCUCUCAGGUGGCGGAGUCAGGUCCAGGCCUGGCGUUCAUUGCCUACCCCAAAGCUGUGACCCUGAUGCCCCUCUCCCCGCUCUGGGCUACGCUGUUCUUCUUCAUGCUUCUCGUCCUGGGACUGGACAGCCAGUUUGUGGGAGUGGAGGGCUUCAUCACAGGUAUCCUAGACCUGUUCCCACAGCCGGCAGCAGGCUCACGACGCAGAGAAAUCACAGCUGCCAUCUGCUGCCUUGCCUGCUGCAUCAUUGAUCUGUCCAUGGUGACUCGGGGCGGCAUGUACGUCUUUCAGCUCUUCGACAACUAUUCGGCCAGUGGAAUCACGCUUCUGUGGCAGGCCUUCUGGGAGUGUGUGGUGAUCGCCUGGGUCUACGGAGCUGACCGCUUCAUGGAUGAUGUUGCUCGCAUGAUCGGCUACCGGCCUCUGCCCUACAUGAAGUGGUGCUGGAUGCUUAUUACCCCGCUGGUGUGUGCGGGCAUCUUCCUGUUCCAUGUGGUGAACUACCAGCCUCUGACGUACAACAAGACCUACAUCUACCCCUGGUGGGGGGAGGCUAUUGGCUGGGCACUGGCCCUCGCCUCGAUGCUUUGCAUCCCCUGCACGGUCGUUUGCAAGCUUCUGUGGAGCAAGGGCUCCUUGCAGCAGCGCUGGCAAUUGCUGACCACCCCUGUCUGGGGCCACCACCACCUGGAGUACAUGACACCGGAAGCGGAGGCAAAACUGCUGCCACCACCAGACAGUCUCGCUGCAGCCCCUCCGGCCGAGAAGGCGACCCUUUUUGAGACUGUGAUUUAAUGUCCAGCCGCCCCGAUCUGCUGUGGGAAGGGGGAGUGGUGAAAGCAGGCGGAAGGCUCAGUCCCUCCCAGAGUCAGGAUCACAGUGUGAGCAGUCAAGGAAGCCCCCCUCUCACCCUUGCUCUUCGGGCCCUCUUUGCAUUGUGCCUGGUGAGGCCACCUCAGGUCCUUGCGGUGCAUGAAAAGUUCUGAAUUGGAUGGCUGGAUGGAGGUGCUGAUAGCGGCAGCGGGUAAGAGCGAGGCGCAGGUGUACGCACAGGCACCCACACACACAGGAAGGAGCAUGGAUAAGCAGUGGAGCACCCGCUUUGCACGUGGAUGUCUCCACCGCCGGCCUCUGCCGCCACCAGCGGGAAGGAGCUGGUAGAUAAACGCCACUGCCAGCGUAGGUGACAUGGGCCAAUGGUCCAGUGCCCGGCUCAGUGUAAGGCAGCUUCUCUGAAUCCACCACACCCCCCCCACGUGCCACCAGCACACACCCCAACAGCAACCCUCACAUGCGCACGUCCAAAGUUUCCCUGGGCAAAGACUGAGCCUCUCCCCUCAUCCAGGUGUUUCAGUAUUAGCACUCAAAAGCCUCAGGGAAGGGUAUCUGUUUCCUCCUGCCAGAAAGGCUGGGUGGCCCAUCCCUAGCCACUGGCGCAGCUGGACGACAGCCUCGUGCUCGGGUGUUUCAGGUUUCAUAGCGACACUCUGCCACUGCCAAAGCCCUGGUGGAGUGGUGUGUCCCAUCCCACCUGCUCGCCCGCCCAUCGCUGCUUCUGCACUUCCUGGACCCUGACUGUACAUGGGGAGCUUUUAGUUCUUUGGCUGUUCCUUCAGCAGGACAUUUAGCCCAAUCCCCCAUCUGACCAGAGCUGGUUAAGGUGGAGCCAUGACAUCUUGUUCCACAGGCUCUUGUUCCUCUCCUUCUCUCCUCCACCCCCCACAAAGCAGAAGAGAUCAACUUGUUUCCGGCAUUCUGUGCAUUUUCCUUGUUCCUAUUCCCCUAAAUCAUAUUUCUUCCACACUGUCACUUACCAUUGUAUUUACAGUCUUGCUCAUUUGCCUAUUUGGGGCUUUAUUCCUGGACACGAUUUAUUGUUCCUGUCACCUGUUCCUGUCACCAUCAUCCUUUGCUGCCUUCCCACUUUUUCUCCGUAGAAAAACAUUUCUGCCCACUUACCCUUUUUUGGCUCUUAGCAAUGGUCUCCUGAGAGGCUGUGAUCGCAGGCACACCAGCUGCGCAUCACGAAAUUUAGCAUGAAGUUCCUAAACUGUCCUCUUCCCUGGAGAGGGAUCAGGACCUCUCCAAAAAAUGCAUAAUAUGGGCCCUGCCAAGAAUAUCAGGCAGGAGGGCGUGUGGCUGGGGGUGUCUUGCCUGAUGGUCAGUUGUCUCUUGCUCUUUUCAUGAACAAGCCUGGAGGAAUCUCUUAGGGAGCAGGGAUUUGACAUGCAUAGCGCUGAACUGGGCUGGCAUCUCUGUUCUGGUAGCACUAACGUCUGUUCUAUAGGCAGAAAUUCAAGAGCUGUCACCUUCGCUGGCAGGGAGGCACCACACUUUUCACUUUUUUUAUGAAAAGUGUGUUGUCAUUUUGCGACCCAGCAGAGUGAUAGCCACGGGCUAUGUUAGUCCCUCGCCACAAAAUGAUCAACUGGUGCCACUUUCAAAAAGCCCUCCCCAACCCGGUGCUCUUCAAACGUGUUGGACUACAAUUCUAGCAUCCCACAACCGACAUGGAUUGGUAGGGAAUAGGGGAUGCUGUGGGUUGUAGUCCAACACAUCUGGAGAGCACCGGGUUGGGAAAGGCUGCCCCGGAGACGGAAGAAAAGGCUUACUUGCUCAAUUUUUGCCCAUAGUACAGACGGCAGAAUCCUAGAUGCCCUGUGAGAAAGAAAAGGUGUGGUGGCCCUCCUGCCCCUUGGCCAGGUGUAACAAGCCCCCUUCCCCGUCUCCACAUGGCAGCUCCCACUUGUGAGUUGCACCUCCUCAGAGUAUGUCGUGUAAUAUAUAAAUGUUUGUGCCAAAUGGGGCUGAGCCUGUCUUCCUCCGCACACCAAGCUCUGUUCACCCCUCCCUCCCUCCCUCCCUCCCUCGCCUUCCUCCCAGCUCCCUGUCUCUUGCAGUCACAUACCUGCCGUGCUACAGAUCCAUCCUCUGACAAUAAAUAUGAGAUUCUAUCUGU